UCCAGUCGGGGACUGUCCCUGGUCUUUCCCUUGUGCAGGGCCUCCAGACAGGGCUGGCAGUUCCAGUCGGCAUGGAGAGGCCCCAGAGCUCCACCCCUGUCUUCAUGCUGCUGCUUUUGGUGUUGCUACUGGGCCCAGCUUGGCACGUAGCUGCCCAGCGAUGCCCACAGACCUGUGUCUGUGACAGCUCCAGGCGGCACGUGACCUGCUGCCACCAGAACCUCACCGAGGUGCCGAACACCAUCCCCGAGCUGACCCAGAGGCUGGACCUCCAGGGCAAUCUGCUGAAGGUCAUCCCUCCAGCUGCCUUCCAGGACCUGCCUUACCUCACACAUCUGGACCUGCGGCACUGCCAGGUGGAGCUGGUGGCCGAGGGUGCUUUCCGAGGCCUGGGCCGCCUGCUCCUCCUCAACCUGGCUUCCAACCGCUUGAGCAUGCUGCCCCAGGAGGCUCUGGACGGGCUAGGCUCACUGAGGCGGCUGGAGCUGGAGGGGAACAUGCUGGAGGAGCUGCGGCCGGGGACCUUCGGUGCCCUUGGCUCGCUGGUCACACUUAACUUGGCCAACAACGCCUUGGUCUACCUGCCCGCCAUGGCCUUCCAGGGGCUUCUGCGCACUCGCUGGCUGCAGCUGUCCCACAAUGCGCUCAGCGUGCUGGCCCCCGAGGCCCUGGCGGGUCUGCCGGCUCUGCGUCGCCUCAGCCUGCACCACAACGAGCUGCAGGCCCUGCCCGGGGCCGCCCUGUCCCAGGCCCGCAGCCUGGCGCGUCUGGAGCUGGGCCACAACCCGCUCACCUACACGGGUGAGGAGGACGGCCUGGCGCUGCCCGGCCUGCGCGAGCUGGCCCUGGACCACGGGGCCCUGCAGGCUCUGGGGCCCCGGGCCUUCGCCCACUGCCCGCGCCUGCACACCCUCGACCUCCGCGGGAACCAGCUGAGUAGCCUGCCCCCGCUGCAGGGCCCGGGCCAGCUGCGCCGGCUGCGGCUGCACGGCAACCCGCUGUGGUGCGCCUGCCACGCGCGGCCCCUGCUCGAGUGGCUGGUGCGCGCCCGCGUGCGCUCGGACGGCGCGUGCCGGGGGCCGCGGAGGUUGCGAGGCGAGGCCCUGGAUGCGUUGCGGCCUGCAGACCUGCGCUGCCCCGGGGACGCGGCGGAGGACGAGGACGAGGUCGAGGCCGACGCCGGUCCCCGCGCCCCUCCGCGCUCCCCGCACCAGGAGGCCGCGACGGCCACGCCCUGCCCUCCGGGCUGCGUGUGCGUCGGGGAGACGCGGCACAGCGCUUGCGACGGCCGCGGCCUGCGGGCUGUGCCCUGCGGCUUCCCCAACGACACCCAGCUCCUGGACCUGAGGCGCAACCACUUCCCCUCGGUGCCCCGCGCCGCCUUCCCGGGCCUGCGCCACCUGGUGUCGCUGCACUUGCAGCACUGCGGCAUCGCGGAGCUGGAGCCCGGCGCCUUGGCGGGCCUGGAGCGCCUGGUCUACCUCUACCUCUCAGACAACCAGCUCUCGGGCCUGAGCGCCGCAGCCCUCGAAGGGGCCCCCCACCUCGCCUACCUGUACCUGGAGCACAACCGCUUCCUGAGGGUCCCGGGGGCUGCUCUGCGCGCCCUACCCAGCCUUUUCUCGCUACACCUCCAGGACAACGCGGUAGACCGCCUGGCGCCUGGGGACCUGGCAGGAGCGCGGGCUUUGCGUUGUCUUUACCUGAGUGGAAACCACAUCACCCAGGUUUCACCUGGGGCGCUGGGGCCAGCUCGGGAGCUGGAGAAGCUGCAUCUUGACAGGAAUCAGCUGCGAGAGGUGCCCACAGGCGCCCUGGAGGGGCUGCCGGCACUCACAGAGCUGCAGCUCUCGGGGAACCCAUUCAGGGCUCUGCAAGAUGGGGCCUUUCAGCCUGUGGGGCGGUCGCUGCGGCAGCUCUUCCUGAACAGUAGUGGCCUGGAGCAGAUUUCUCCCAGGGCCUUCUCGGGCUUGGGAACAGGGCUCCGGAACCUGUACCUGCAGAAGAACCAACUUCAGUCCCUGCCUGCGCUGCCGUGGCUCAGCGGGCUGGAGCUCAUCGACCUCAGUGGCAAUCCCUUCCACUGUGACUGCCAACUGCUCCCGCUCUACAGGUGGCUCAUUGGGCUGAACCUGCGGGUAGGGGCCACCUGUGCCACCCCUCCCAGUGUCCGUGGUCAGAAGGUGAAAGCUGCAGCUACUGUCUUUGAAGUUUGCCCAGGCUGGAUUGCCAGGAAGGCCAAGAGGACUCCAACCUCCAGGUUCAGUGCCAGGAGAAGCCCUAGCAACAGAAGACAUCAAUGAACAGACAAGGUGGGCCCUUAGGUGGGAGGGAGGUCUGGGUCCCAAGCUCCUGGGAAGCCCUGAUUUUUCUUGGUCCUGAAUUGGGCAGUGACCCACGGUCCCGCUGCAUGAUGCGGUAACGCGGCUUUCCUCACUGGACACCACGUAUUUACCCCAGUCCUGUUUUACUGACCUCUGCUGACUCCACGCUUUGCUAUUCUGCUCUCAGACCUGGCUCUGCCUCCCACCACCUGUCAGUCACAGGUUGAGGUGUCCUUGAAUGUUGGGGACCAUGUGAGGGGAGCAACAGGCAAUGUUGGAACUCAUGGAACACAGCUAGGCAGUUGGCAAAGCCACACCCGAGUGAGCCGUGGAGAGGCAAAGCCCUGAGGACUCCAUGUCCACCACAUCCCUGUCUAUGGGCUGGAGAAAAACUCUUGGGGGUCUCUAGCCCCCCACUAGGCAGUGGUACUGGUACUUACAAUAAUAGUGACUGACUUUCCCCAGGCAUUGCUGCUGGGCCAGAUUAGUGAUUCAACCACCACCUUUAGAAAGAAUUUAGACAUAUAGAAUUGUUAAUAAGAUUUGGUUGUUUUUGUUUAUGUUAUGUUACACGUGUAAUUUUUCAUAUAUUUGUUAUGCCUCAAUAAAGCAUUCAA